GAUUCAGUUGUAAAAGUGCAGCUCAGCGAAACAGUUGAUUUUAAAUCGAACUCUUGGUCUCUCUCGCAUCCAAUACGAUACAUAUAUUGUAGAUAGAUACUUGGACAGUGGUAUUGUGUUUUUUUUCUCUUGUGUUGUCUGGGUGAAGUGAUAAGUUAAGACUUAAUGUCCGACGAUCGGUCAAUUUGUCACAUUUGCGUACCUUUUUUUUCCAUCAAAAUCCGUAGGAUUUCGGUUGAAAAUGAAUGAUUCCGGAUAGUGGAAUAACAAAAAAUACUUCAACUGUUAGAAUAAAACUUAAUUUUCAUUUGUUUUUGUUUUUUUAUUUAAGUGCAUUUGUUAUGGAAUCCACGUCAAAAUGUAACUAAAUUAACGCAGACAAUUUCAAUACUUUAGAUUUAUGAGAUAACAAGUUUCAGUUUUUGUUUUUGUUUUUCUUUUAUUUUUGUUUUUAUACCGACCACGAGCAACAAUGGAUCAAUCCAUUUUUCGGACAGUUUAUCGAAGCCCGUUCACUAUCCAUGUGAUCUUCUAUCUAAGCCAAAAGUACUAAUCGUUUUUGGCCUUAUAUCCAUUAAUGAAUUGUAACAAUUGGUGCAUAUUCACACGGUUUCGAACAUUGAGCAUCGAGACAUAAAAAGAUAGAGAAAAUCCCAUGAACACAGAACGAGUGGCAGUAACAGAAUCGAUUUUCACUCAUUUCAACAGAUAAAUGAUAAAGAAGAAAAAUAAUCACACGAUGAUUUUACAAACGAUUGAUUCAUCGUAAAUUUACUGCAUCGAUGCGAGUCAUUGCUUGAUUGGCGUAAACGGAGGGAUUGAACAAUCGGCUUCAGGGCAAAAAGGCUUUUUUUUUUUUCUUUUCAAAAAGCUAAAUAUUUUUGAAGAUUGGAACAGGAAUAAGACGAAGGAAGAAGGAAGAAACAAACCAGAAACAAAACCAACAACAACAUUUCAAAUGAACGACAUGACGAAUGAAGAGGGGCAUCGAAAUAAAGACAAUGACGGUAGCGGUGCAAAUACGAAUUUGUCUGAUAUGCGUCGAACCAUUUCAAACGCAUCUGGAACACUGUCCAACCAUCAACAGCAGCAGCAGCAACAGCAGCCGAACGGUAGUGUUGGUGGCGGUCUUAGCGAUGAGAACAAUAGCGGUGCCGAAGGGAGUGUUUCAGAUGAUUGUGGUGAUAAAAUGGCCAAAGAAAGCGAUCCACUGCAGCCAAAAAUGGUGAAAUCCCGAUCAUCGCAUAAAGUUAAAGAGCGAUUAACGGUUGUGUCAAUCAUACCGGAUCGGGAGCGUGAGACAUGGGGUCAGAAAGCAGAGUUUUUAUUGGCCGUUAUUGGGUUUGCAGUUGACUUGGGAAAUGUUUGGCGUUUUCCCUAUAUAUGCUAUCAAAACGGUGGCGGUGCAUUUCUCAUACCAUAUUGUAUUAUGUUGGUUCUUGGUGGCUUGCCAUUAUUCUAUAUGGAGCUGGCUCUCGGUCAAUUUCAUCGCUGCGGCUGUCUGACCAUUUGGAAGAAAAUAUGUCCAGCGUUGAAAGGCAUUGGUUAUGCAAUCUGUUUGAUCGAUAUCUACAUGGGAAUGUACUACAAUACGAUAAUUGGAUGGGCUGUUUACUAUUUGUAUGCAUCGUUUACCUACGAACUGCCAUGGACAUCGUGCUCAAACGAAUGGAACACACCAUUCUGUAAACCAGUAUCACAACAAGCUAAUCUAACAAAUGCAACAAGUCCUGCCCGAGAAUUUUUCGAGCGAAGCGUUUUGGAGCAACAUAAAUCGAACGGUUUGGAUUACAUGGGACCAAUAAAACCAUCGCUGGCAAUUUGUGUAUUUAGCGUUUUUGUGCUCGUCUAUUUCUCACUGUGGAAAGGUGUACGAAGCGCUGGCAAAGUGGUUUGGGUUACUGCACUGGCACCAUACGUUGUACUCAUUUUUCUAUUGAUACGCGGCGUUACGUUGCCCGGCGCAGACGAAGGCAUCAGAUACUAUUUAACACCACAAUGGCACAAACUCAAAAGCUCCAAGGUGUGGAUUGAUGCCGCCUCACAAAUAUUCUUUUCGCUGGGACCGGGUUUUGGUACACUACUCGCACUAGCCAGCUACAAUAAAUUCAAUAACAACUGCUAUCGAGACGCAUUAAUCACCAGUAGCAUUAACUGUUUGACAAGCUUUCUAGCUGGUUUUGUUAUAUUCUCUGUGCUUGGGUAUAUGGCGCACAUACAGAAAAAAACGGUCGAUAAAGUGGGUUUAGAAGGGCCGGGCUUAGUGUUUAUAGUGUAUCCAGAAGCGAUAGCAAUGAUGAGUGGCUCGGUGUUUUGGUCCAUAAUAUUUUUUCUGAUGUUAAUUACGCUCGGAAUAGACAGUACAUUUGGCGGCCUUGAAGCGAUGAUAACAGCCUUAUGCGAUGAAUAUCCACGAUUUCUUGGACGCCGUCGAGAAUUAUUCGUGCUAGUUUUGUUGAUUGGUAUUUAUCUAUGUGCUUUGCCAACGACAACAUAUGGUGGUGUUUACUUGGUCAAUUUCUUGAAUGUGUACGGACCUGGUUUGGCCAUACUGUUCGUAGUGUUUGUUGAAGCGGCCGGUGUAUUUUGGUUUUAUGGCGUCGAUAACUUUUCCAACGAUGUCGAAUCGAUGCUUGGCCAGCGGCCAGGCAUUUUCUGGCGUGUGUGCUGGAAAUAUAUCAGUCCGGUAUUUUUGCUAGUGAUUUUCAUUUUCUCAUUGCUCGGCUACGAAGAUAUGCUGGGAGAAGAGUACGAAUAUCCCGAUUGGAGCAUAGCGCUCGGCUGGGCUCUAACAUUGUCAUCGAUUCUCUGUAUACCAACCUAUAUUAUAUACAAAAUCCUUAUCACUCCGGGAACCAUACAAAAGCGAUUAACGACCUCAUUCAAGCCAGAGGAUAACGAACAGCCUACUGCAAUUCCCGGGCAGAUUUUGUGCGGCGGAACUGCGGUGUGACAUUACAAUCGUGUUAUGAAAACUUCGCUAGCAAACGAAACGGAUUCAAUAUGCAAAUUGAGUAAAAAUCUGAGCCAAAUUUCACCAACAACAUCGACCAUUGUCAAAGCCAACGUGGACCAUAGCCAAUGCAGUAGACAUCCAUAUGAUAAGCAAAUAUCCACGAAAUUAAAUGCAACGAGAAUCCAUCUCGAUUAUCCAUUAUGUAGUAAUUUAUUGAAUGAUCAUUUAUUCCAUGCCGAUUUUUUGCCAUGUAGUCUUGGUCCAUACACUAUAAAUACCGAGUGGCUAGUUUAAAUAAUUGGAAAACAUUUCGCCAAUUGAGAAACUGUGUGUUUCGUUUUUGAAUUGUUGUUUUUGUUCGUUGAUUUUAUUGUGCGUAAGCUAAGCACUAGUUAAGUUGUAAGCUAAAAGUUGUAAAAUUAGAAAAUCCCAUCUAACAUAUAUAUACCGUAUUUUCUAGCCUUAGAUGUAGUAAAUAAAAAAAAAAAACAGACAAUUGAAUGUUUCUUCGUGCGCUGAUUAGUGAUUGAAUUAGUUUGGCGUAAGCAAUGCAAAAUCGAAACCACUAUUAAAGUAGCUGACAAACCAAGAAAAAAGAAGUAUAACUUAGGCUUACCAAAUGAAUAAUAGACUUUAAAUGCGUGUUGACCAAUUAUAUGAGUAGUUUAGAGCGAAAAUGUAAUACAGAAAAGUUGCGCGGAAAAAUGUCGAUGAUGAAUGAGAGAAAAAGGGAUAGCUAUAUAGUAUGCUGUAUAGUAAACUAUAGUGAACUAUAUAGCUAUCUCUUUUCAUUUGACGUUUUUCCGCGCAACAUUUCUGCAUUACAUUUUCGCUCCGAACUAUUCAUAUUAUAGUCCCGAAAGGGCACAACGAAUGGUGUUUCAAGUGGUCCACAGCCAUGGCCUCUAUGAAAAACUUAUUCCCUACUUUCGUCUGUAAUUAAGAGAGGGGAACCAACUAUCCGUUUUUUUUUUCGUUUCUAAUUUGUCUUCGUGUCAUCUUUAUUGUCGCAAAAUAUGUGUGAAAAAAGAAAGAAAGAAAAGCCAUAGUUAUUGAAACAAACCAACCAUAUUUGAUGCUAGUCGUUAUUUUUAGCACUACAUGGAAUGUAGGCUACUGUAGUGAUUUUUUUUCCCGAAAAUUUUUUUAAGACUCUUAAGGCCAUUUUUUUUGGACCGUAAACUAAUUCAUUUUAAUAUCCAUAUUUUUUAUUUCAAAUGAAACAAUUACGCCUAAUUGCAAAAAUGAAAUAAUAUUAUGUUCACGUAAUUCAAUUUUGAGAUAACUAAAAAAAAAAAAAAAUUACACUUUUUUCGUUGCCAAUGUGAAAUAAUGUACGAUGACCAUUCACAUUGAAUGUGCAAUGUACAUUGUACAUAAGUCAAGAAUACAAUAUCAUCACAUGAAUUUAUUUAAUUUUUUUUUGACAAUAUUAAAAUGAUUUAUAACUAAAACUUGUGAAACAAACAUUUCCAACGAUUAAAACUACAUUCCAUGUAGCGCUUACGAUAAUAAUUUGAUGAAAAACAUCAAAUUAUUUAAACCCCUUAAAUUUUCAAGCUUCAAGAACGCAGAGCGGAGCGAAGCGACGAUCUGCGGUCUUGUUUUUUCUGCUUGUAGAAACGAUUGAAUGCUAGAUCAUUGUUGUCAAUCGCAUACAGGCCAGAUCAUGUUGAUUGUCGCAUUGAUUUGAUUGAGAGCCGGUGACAAUUUACAAUAAAAUAUUUAUAUAUUUACAUACGUUAGGGGUUUAUAUCGACGAAAAGAGCAGCCAUUUUUCGCCGAUAUAAGCACACAAUCACAAGCCAUGCAGCUUCCCCCUUUUGAAUGUUUAAGCCAUUUUUUUUUAUUGUUAAUCGUUUUUUACCUGACAAAAAGAAAUGAGACAAGAAAAAACACACAAAACAUUCGUUACACUAAAUAGGCUAUUUUGAUAGCUAAAUUUAAAUGUGCAAAAAAACGGUAUUUAGAGAGAGAGACAUUACUUUGGCAAUAUUGUAGCCAACAUUUCUUAUUCAUAAACUAAAUGUUUUAGUAACCCGUUUAAACACACAGCCAACACCAUGAAUUGUUACCAUGAACAUAAAAUAUUAUUAUUCGUUAGAUGUAAAUUUUGACAAAAAAGCCAUUUUCCAUAAAAUCAUCAUAUGUUCCAUCUUUUGAAUCUUUAGACAACGAAUCAUGUUUCAUAUUGUUAGUCUUUUUUUUCUCAUAAUUUUUAAUCAGUGUUUUAUUUUCUUCUUCAAAUAGUUUAUUUAAAAAUUUAACUCAGUUGAAUCAUUUGUUUUGGUGUCAAAUAGACCUGCAGCACAAUUGUCAAAAUGUUCUGUGAUUAAGCUAUAGUUGCGGAAAAAACAACAUAAUUUCCAGAGGUGUCUUUGUCAAAACUAUAGUGUUUAUGAAUCGAUUUAUCAAUUAAUUUUGACCAAUUUCCGAUAGAAAUCAUGAUUUAUUCUUUAUUUCCCUGAAGUCUUUACUAGAAAAAAAUUGACAAAUCUCUAUUUUUAUUCUUUAUUGAUUAGUGUUGUUCAAAAUUUUUGAUUUGAUUUGGUUAAAUUAAUUGAUAAAAACCUGCCAUAAUGAUUUAAUGUAAUUUUAAGUUUUUGCUAUUAUAUUGUUCGAAUAUUUCAACAGGGAUUGAACACGCAUUCAUUAUUAUCAUCACUUGCUACUAUUUGAAAGUAUUCUUUUUUAGACUAUAAUCACAAAAGAGCAGUCUAUUGAUUCAUUCGAAAAUAAUUGUCUAUAAGUUUCAAUCAAAAUUCAAAGUCAAUGGAAUAUUCGGAAUUGUGCAAAAUAUUGAAUUGAAAUAAUCAAAAUUCCAAUUUUCGUUAAUCUGUUAAGAAGAGAAUUGUUUCAUUUUAUUCCCCAAUUGAAAACCCUUACAUUUUGAGCCAUACUCUCACAUAGUCUAAGUUUAAUUCCAAAAGACACAAAAUGUGCUGAUUGUUGUAAAAUAGAUUAUAUCUAAAUGUAUUCAUCCAAGUUUCGAACAAACCAACCAGAAAACAGACGAUAAACAAAAACCGCCUGUAAAUUUUUGAAUUGAACCAAUUUAACAAUGUUUUCCCUUAAAUGAUACAUUUUAAGUGCAAUCCUAUUAUAAUUUGUAAAAACUCAAAAUGAAAAAGGCAAUGUGAUAUCAAACCAGCCAUUUUGAUAGAGCAUUUCCAAUCAAAUAAAAUCAACUUACAACUUA